AUGCGUUUCUCAACAUCCUCGGCUCUUCUGGCCCUGCCUCUGCUGGCGUCGGCUCAGGGUGAGCAGUUCGAGCAGUACAAGGCACAGUUCCAGAACUUCCUUGGCCAGUUCGGCUCCUACGUGCCAAACCCCAGCAAACAUGACCCCGUUGGAGCUGCAGAGGCCAAGGUCGGCGAGAUGAAGCUGAACAUUUUGACGCUGGAUAACUGGAAGGACACUCUCUAUGCGCCUGUCAAGCCCGAGUCUACCAAGCCUGAGGAGUGGUGGGUUUUGAUCUCCGGUGGGAACAAGACUUGCUUUGGCCAUUGUUCAAAGGUCGAGGAAGCGUUCAACCAGACUGCCGCCAAGCUCGCCGUCCUGCCGGACGCCCCUCACGUCGGAUUCGUUAACUGCGACGACCAGCCCAUCCUGUGCAACGCUUGGUCCGCUGGCGCGGGCAGCCUGUGGUUGUUCGAGAUGCUCCCGCCGCCUGCGCCCAUCGACAUCUACAUUAAGCGCAUGAACCUGUCCACGACCGACAGCGAUACCUUCCUGGAACUGUACAAGACCCGCGAGGACAAGAGCCAGUUCAACAAGAAGGAUGGAUACUUCCACCCCUUUGACGGCGAGCUGGCCCAGUACGGCGUUGCUGUCCCUAUCGCAUACGCCCUCUGGGGACUGAGCGUUGUCCCAAGCUGGGCCAUGAUGCUGGUUGUUUCCUUCGUUAGCCGGACAUUCAUGUCUCGACGCAUGGCUCCUCCGCCUGGAGCCCCGGGUGCCCGUCCUGCCGGAGCUGCUGCCGGCGCGCGGUAA